AUGGGAAUGAGAUUGCCGGAUGUUCCUCAACAUGAGCCUUGCAGAACGAGUAGUCCCGAGCCGGAAGAAGUUGUUUUGUCGGAUGAUGAGCAACCAUCAACAUCUACAGUGGUCGCAGAACCAGUCGAGGAAAAGGUUGUCCCACCUUCCGAGGAAGUUAUUCCGGAUGGAGAAGCCAUCGAAUCUGAAAAAAGGUCAGCAUUGAAUGGCAUCUUAAUAUGCUUGAAUUAUAUACAGUUGAUAUCGUGGCAAUCACUCGGGGGGGGGGGUAAGAAGGAUGUAAUGAGCUCACCAAAGGCGUUUCUCUCACUGCUUCUUUUCUUCCUUAUCAUUAACCGUUCGCUAUAG